GUGCAGAUACCCGGACAGACCAAGACCUUCAUCUUCAUCAAGACCCGCAGAUUCUUCAUCACCGGAGGAGCAGAUCCGUAAUGUCGUCCAUUGUUUGACGCUGAGGUGGAUCCAACAUGGCUGCUGCUGCGUUCACAGUGUCUCUGUGUGUCCUGCUGCUGUCUGCUGUGAGCGGCCUCCAGUCCGACGACAGAGAGUGUGCGUUCACUGACCUGCAGGGGGCGGAGCCUUACAGUGGAGCAGACCAUGCUGUGCGUGGAGAGGUGCGAGACAAUGGUACGGUCCGCUGCAGCCGCGGCUCUCGCUGCUACGGCGUGUGGGAGAAACGAGGCGACGGCAGAAUGCAGCUGGUCAAACAAGGGUGUUGGAUCCACGUCGGCGACGAGCAGGAGUGUCUUGGCGACCGUUGCCUGGUGACAGCGACGCCCUCACAGAUCCAAAAUGGCAGCUAUCGUUUCUGCUGCUGCAGUCGAGAUCUUUGCAACGCCGACUUCACCGAGGCCCCGCCCACACCCGAUACUCCCGCCCUCAGACUCAUGAAGGGGGACGGCACACAGACAGACCAACAGCAGCUCAAGAGGGAGGAGACAGCGCUCGUCGCCCUGGUAACUGUCGCCAUCACAGCUGUUCUCAUUAUAGCACUGUUUCUGGGAUAUCGCAUGAUGAGAGGUAAACACAAACCCUCUCUCUCUGCUCUGGACGUCAUGGAAACAGCAAACACUGACUCGUCCGUCAACCUGGACAAUCUGAAACUGCUGGAGCUGAUUGGUCGAGGUCGUUACGGCGCAGUGUUCCGUGGUGACCUGAGCGGUCGCUGCGUGGCCGUCAAACUCUUCAGCGCCACCAACAGGCAGAACUUCACCAACGAGUGUUUGAUCUACAGCCUCCCUCUGCUGGAGCACGACAACAUCGCCCGCUUCCUCACCGCGGACCACAGGAGCACGGAGCCGCUCAUCGUCAUGGAGAACUACCCUCAUGGCAGUCUGUGUCAGUACCUGUCUCUGCACACGGUGGACUGGUGGACGUGUCUCAGGAUGUGUCUCGGUGUCACCAGAGGAUUAUCCUUCCUCCACACUGAGCUGUGUAGAGCAGACCAGUACAAACCGGCUGUGGCUCACAGAGACGUGACGAGUAGGAACAUCCUGGUUCGGUCAGAUCUUACCUGUGUCCUCGCAGACUUCGGCCUCUCCAUGAAACUGCCAGGGACCAGGAGCAGUCGCCAUGGAGACGAUGACACCAUGGCGAUAUCUGAGGUGGGGACAGUGCGGUACAUGGCGCCCGAGGUUCUGGGCGGAGCUUUGAACCUCAGAGACUGUGAGUCUGCGCUGAAGCAGGUCGACGUUUACGCUCUGGCUUUGAUUUACUGGGAGAGUUUCAGGAGGUGCAGGGACCUGUUUCCAGGUGAAUCUGUCCCAGAAUUCCAGCUUGCGUUCCAGGUCGAGGUCGGGAAUCAUCCGAGCUUUGAAGAAAUGCAGAUUCUCGUCCUGAGAGAAAAACACAGACCGAAGUUUCCUGAAGUUUGGAAGGAAAACAGUUCACUGCUUCAUUCACUGAAGGAGACGAUGGAAGAUUGUUGGGAUCAAGACGCUGAAGCUCGACUCUCUGCUCAGUGUGCAGAGGAGAGACUGUGUGACCUGCUGACUGCACACACACACAACCACAGGAAUCUGUCUCAUGGGCGGUGGUCUCCUCAGGUUGGCUCCUCCUCCCCCUACAUUGAGGAUGUGCAGGUGGGCGUGGUUAGGAAUCUCCAGUCAGAUGCAUCAGCUGUAGUCCGGACGACAAGUGAAGGAAGUGAAAAGAACACAAACUCCAUCAACUAUGAGCGACAGCAGGCUAAGAGUCAAGCUCGCUCGUCCACUUCAGACGGCGGUGCCUCAAACAGGGCGGCCAUGACGCCUGCCAGCCUCAUCACCAUCUGUGAAUCUGAACACAGUGGCGCUGUGUCAAGUGUCCCAGUCUGUCUGCAGCUGACAGAAGAAGACCUAGGGACCACCAAGCUGGACCUCAAACAGGUGGAUAAAAAUCUGAGAGAAAACUCUGACGAAAUCCUGAUGAAACUUUCACAGAAACACUUCAGCUCUCAGCCACAGACCACUCUGCUAUCCCAGCAUGCAUUGCUGCUCACUGACGAGGUAAACAGUUCUAUAUCAGCUCCUCAUCGUGACCUGGGAGGAGCUGGUCCCACUGAGACUCCUCCCACUCCAUGCUCCGCCCACCCUCUCCGCAAACAGCAGAAUUUGCCUGUGAGACCGAGCAGCCUUCAGCUCGUCCUCAAAGACAAGGACAAGAGCCACAGACAGGUGGAAACAGGUGUCGCUAAGAUGAACACACUCACGGUGAUCGCGGCUGCAGCGCCACACGUGGUCACCGCAGUGAACUACAACACUGGCAACAACGCUCACUGCACAACAGUGAGUGCCCGCAGCUACAGCGCUGGCGCCCCCACGCUGGUGACCAAUGGAAUGACAGAUGGAGGAAGGACAAAUCCAGCAGGACCGCAGCUGGACGAGGAGGAGACACCGACCAAAGAUGGCGGACGCGUCAACUUCAACUUCAGUCCCGACGAACACGAGCCACUGCUGAGGAGUCCAGAGCUCCGCCCACACCGUCAGCCACGAGCAGGAAACAUCCUGUCGGGACGAGGCUCCAAUUCCAACAAUAACAACAACAGAGGAGCGAUGGGGUCAGAGGUCACGGUCAAAGUUCUGGUUCCAGAACAGAUGUUGAACUCCAGCCGUUCCCAAACUCCAGAGGCUCCUGUGGUCCACGUCCCUGAGGUCCUCGGGUCUGAGUCAACUAAAGCACCAGAGAAGCUUCGUCCAGACGCCUCAGGAGCCCAAGAGCUUCAAGAUGUUCUCGAACCCAGCUUGACCCAAGAAGGUCCAGCUGCAAGAGCGCCAGCCUUAGAUCCAGAAGCCUCAGAUCCAGAAGCCUCAGAUCCAGAAGCCUCAGAUCCAGCAGCCUCAGCUCCAGAAGCCCCAGUUCCAGAAGCCUCAGAUCCAGAGGCCUCAGUUCCAAAAGCCUCUUCUCAACGGGAUCCACACCCAGAAGAUCCAGCUCCUCAACCUGAAGGUUCAGAAACCAGCAUCAGUGAAGAAGCUGCAGUUCGGGUGGAACCAAGGAGAACCAGGAGGCCGGAGCGUCCGUGUUCUCUGGACCUGUCCUCAUGCUGCCUCCCUUCAGAUGGCGACAGUCUCAGCUCCUCAGGUGAGAAAAUCAAACGUCGAGUAAAAACUCCGUACACUCUGAAAAAGUGGCGUCCGGCCUCCUGGGUGGUUUCCACAGAAACGACCCUUGACCCAGACUUUGAGUUCGAUGUUAACCUCCCAAACAUCGUCCAAUCUAAAUCCAGCAUGGCUGUGUUUUUGGUUGGGGGAGGAGCCAAGGCGACCUCUGACCCUGAUGUGAUGACCUGUUUCUAGCUAACACUAUGGCUAACCAAACAUUUAGCUUUAGUUAAUAAAUAUGCUACUAUUGUGUAGCAUCUAUUCAAGUAGCUGCUGAUGAAAUCAGAUGAUCAUGUCUGAUGUUUAGAUAAUUCAGCUCGAUGCUAACAGUUGUAGCAGUUCAUGGUUCCAGCUCUGGUUUAAUGGGGUCAAAGGUCAAAUAUUGUAUGCAGUUUUUUAUACAGAAGAGUUUGAAUGUGUGAGUUUUUUAUGUUAAAUCUUCAUGACGCCCCCUGCUGCUCACACCAGGAACUGAUGUAAAUGAAGGACAGAGGAAGUCGAAAA